GGGGUAAAUUCAGCGCGAUAGAGACACCUAGCAGUGAAUACUCGAAAAUACGAAGUCCUGUGUUUUGGCCAUUAGAGGAUAUGGAACGCUCUGUUACAUCUGCUGAAGACUUCUCCGUCCCACGUCUGUCUCCGGCGAGUUGAGCAAGCAGGGCUUUCGUAAGGGAAAACAAUAUUUGCUUGCAAGACUUGAUGUUCCUGAUGGCCAUGCGAAAUCCAGGAGAACCAAGAAAUCAUGUGGUGGCUGCCGGCUGCUGCCAGGACACACAGACGUUGCAGGCUCUUGUUUUCGAGUUCGCUGACAACGAUCUCCUCAACCUUUUCAUCAAAGACUACCAGAGGUGUUGUGUGCGGGCUGUUUCGUUCAGAGAGGACACCAAGCCUAUCCUCCCUUCGCGUCCUGCGUCUGUCGCACUGGCUAAGCAUCUGUUGCUGAGUGGUGCGCUUGAUGCCCCAGCUGACUUUCAAGAGGAUCCUAGUGAGGCUGAAGUAUGCAGACCGCCUCUCCCUCCGAGAAAUGGUGCACAGUGCAAAGAUAAGCCCCCUAUACCUCCCAGAAAGAGCGUUGUGGGCGGUGCAUAUAAGCCCUCUCUCCCCCCGCGAAACAGUGAAGUCGAACAGACCUCACCCAUUUCACCCACAGCCAAACCACCUCUCCCUCCGAGAAGCAGUGAGAACCUUAGAAACUCCAGUCACACUGCAUCCAAAACCCCACCACCACUUCCUCCCAGAGCCAGCCAAAUGGGCGAAAACUGUGACGUGGCCAAAAUCUCCACUGGUUCCAGCUUCAAAUUACAAAUGUUUAAACCCAUUCUAAAGAAAGAACGAACGGGAGAAGAGGCACAGAAAGGUCCGAGCAAAUCAAAGAUAAGUUUCCCCUUCUGGAGAAAAGAUGUCAAAUAUGAAAAUGUGGUGGUGCGGGUCGAGGAAAAGAUUGGAACAUCAAAAUUUUAUGACUAUCCUCUCUACGAUGAAUAUGAGUUUUCAGACCACGAAUCCGAAGAUGAAAACUACGAUUAUCCAGAAGAAGAUUUGUACGAAUCUCUUGGUCUAAGCAUUGAGGAUUCUGAACGUAUCUUUAGGUAUGACAUGGCUCGUCACGCUGAGAAUACGGUUAAGCAGACGAGCUCACAGGAGGAUCCCGUCAUUUACUUCCUAAGAAAUGAGUACAAUUAUCUGAAUUCCUUACGUUGUAUAACAGCUGCCAGGACAUUGUCUCCAGAGCUGCAUCCUCUUUUAAGCGGUGUAGGGGCACUAGAACAAUUACACAGUGACUUGUACAAAGAACUACAUUCCUCGUACCACUCUUACUCAUCGAUCGCACAAACAUUCCUCUCUCGACGGAAACAAUUGGAGUCCUACAAAUAUCACUUAAUGAAUGGUCCUCUCAUCAUCGAGGCAUUGGCAAAAGUACCGGAAACCGACCUUAGAGAUCAUCCCGACCUGAAGGAAGCUCUGAGAACCUCGUGGAAAAGACCUCACUUCUAUUUCAUGAAUCUGGAAAGUUUUCUGUCUAGUGUCCCAGAAGACGACAGAGGCGUUCUGCAAGAAGCCGUGACGAUGCUCAAAGAGUUAAAUCGCCUCGGAGACAGUGGGAUUAUCAUUGACGGCGUGAAGGGUUCUCCUUUCGACCUGCACAUUAAGGCGCCGUUGCUACUCCACAGCUCCUUCAAGAUCCGAGGGCCAGGGAUGCAGAGGAAGGAUUACCGCGUCCUUCUUUUUGUCGAGAUGCUGGUCAUCACCCUCCCAGAGGGCAGGAGCUACAGGUAUCAGUGUAACCUACGCAUGGACCAACUACUCCCCAUAGCUCAGAAACCCGAAUCCGCUGCGUCGUUUGCUGUGCAAGUGCGUGAUGGAGGAAAGAAAGAGAAGAUUUAUGUCUUCACAGCACCUAACGAGAAUGCGAAAAGGAAGUGGGAUGAUGAAAUAAAGAGACUUACUAAUGAUAUCGCAAAUGAAGUGAAAAGGGAGGCUGAAAAACGCUUUGGUGGGAUGCUUGUGGCGUGAUAUAGUUACUUUUUAUUAUUAUUUUUUUUUUAUAGCAAGGGCACUUGCUGAGGAACAUGUAGAAUAAUUAUAUCAACAAGCUGUAAUGUCUUGGUCACUAUAUGUGUUUUAAUUUGUAUGAUAUGGGUUCAAGUAGCCGUUACUCAUUUCUCAGUAUCCAAUAAUAUAUCUGGUAAUACAGUUCUCUCCUGAACGUGUCUUAGUUUCCAAUUAUAUUCCAAUUAUAUAACCGUCACUAAGCUUCUGGUCCUUUUUGUGCAGUGGGAAUAUGUAAAAGGGUCAUAUUUCUGUAAAACACUCUCUAGUUUUUUUUCUCUCUUAGUCCUCAUUACAUAGUUUUUCAAUAAACCCUUUCAACGCUAAUGAUAAAAAUAGUUGCCAUAUUUAAAGGUAAAAACUCCUGGAUUCUGAUAGAAUUAUCUUGUGAAGAUUGUGUCCCAUUCCUUUGCUUGGAUUUCCUGCCGCGAACUGCAACUGAAAAUAUGAUUCUUUGAUAAUUUCAGCCCUCUUAGAAAACUCUUGCGUUUUCUUCUGUCUCCUUUCUGGCAAUAACCAAGUAUGACUCCUGUACCUGGAAGUCCCGAGUGGAAUGUCACUUUUCAGAUUUAUGUAAUUAUCUGUUUAUGAAGCUACUGUCUGUUAUAACAUAUUGUAUAAUACUGCAACAAAGUUAUUAUAUUUUGG